UAGCAAUCGGUGCAUCCAACUAACCAACUAACACACAAUGUGCGUCUCGAGACCAGGAAUGAGUACAACACGGAGAUCUCGACGCGGGACUACUAACAUAACACAGAAUGAGGAAUCUGCAGAUAAUUGGAAUAAAAUGGCUAAUUCGAAUUUUCGAUCGACAGUUUUUGAGAACCGUGUCCACGUGUGGGUACUUCCACUGAACUAUUCUCAAUCGAAAUAUGGUGGCCGGAAGACUCCCUCAUCUGCUUGCACAAUAAUCACUGUCCAGAUUGCCCACGAUUUCUUGAGCAAUAACGUCUGUAUUCCACCCACGCAUCUUCUGACACCUCAACAUCUUCCACUCGGUGUCCUUGAUGUUCUUAUCAAUGGAAUUGUUGAUGGCAAUGAGACCCACGAAAAGGCUAUGGCAGCUCGACGACGAGGAUUCAGUGGAAGUCUAAAAAAGAAGCAUCUUGAAGAGACAGUUGAAAGUGGUUCAGUCUUCCAGUUUUUGAAGAAACCACAUCGAGACACGUUCACUGUGCCAGAAGCUAUUCAAGUUCAACGACCCGAGAUGCAUGAAAUUGACUAUCGAUGUUAUUCUGGAGACUUUAUAAGCAAUCUCGUGACAGCUAUGUCGAUGGCUGUGAACAGUCCGUAUCUUUCGAAACUUGAUAGAUUGGCAAUUGGAGUGCUUGCUUUCGAAAGGGCCAUGUGUUUUAUCUACGAUCGCCCGACAAAUUCAAUAAUUCUUCUCGACACUCAUAUGCAUUUUAAAGGACAAGCUGGAAGUGUUCUCUGUGUUGCAUCUUUUGAAGAUAUUACGGAUUUCAUCGUUUCGGUAACUAAACUCGUGUUCCAUGAAGUUUUCAAAACUGCAGAUGUCACCGGUCAAUUCGAAAUUACAUGCCUGAUGCUUACAAGUCUGACGAACAAAGUCCACAAAGGAGGCAUCUUUCUUCCAAUCAAAUCGAGUAUGCCAAGAGUCACAUUAUCGAUACCAUUGAAGCCUAUUAGAAUCAGAGCAAAAAAAAUGGUUUGCGUUGGGAGUGCGGAAAAGGACUGUGACAGUGGCUACGAAAGUGAUACCUCAUGAACUUCUUCCUAACUUUAAUAAUAAACUAAUUUAUUCACU